CUGCCUGUGCCGGGGCUCCCGCAGCGCGCAGGCGACUCGGGCGCUCGCUUCCUUGGAGUAUGGCCCGGGUGCUCCGCAGCCUCCACAGCUCCCAGCCUGUCGCCCGCUUCCAGCGCUGCUGCGGGCUCUUCCCCGCCGCCGGGGAAGGAGCCGGCGAUGGGCUGGCGGGGACCGUGGGCGGUGGGGACCAUCUCCCGGCCCGGGACACCUGCCCCGGGGGCAGCCCCGCCAGACGGCGGCUGCCAGAGGCCAACGGUGUGAAGAGCAGCCCCCCGCCGCAGGAUUGUGCACAGAAAUAUGUUGUGAAGAAUUAUUUCUACUACUACCUGUUCAAGUUUUCAUCUACCUUGGGUGAAGAGAUUUUUUACAUCACAUUCCUUCCAUUCACCUACUGGAACAUCAAUCAUGAUGUGUCGAGGAGGCUGAUAAUGAUGUGGUGUAUUGCUAUGUACAUAGGCCAAGUCACUAAGGACAUCCUGAAGUGGCCUCGUCCUCAUUCACCUCCUGUUGUGAAGCUGGAAAUGAGAGCAGAAUAUGGAAUGCCAUCCACCCAUGCCAUGGCAGCUACAUCCAUUUCCUUCACAUUUUGUAUUGCAACAAUAAACCAAAACAAGUACUCACUUGUGCUAGGACUAAUGGCAGCAUUUGUAUUUUCUACUCUGGUGUGUCUCAGCAGACUUUACACUGGAAUGCACACUAUACUGGAUGUUAUUGGUGGAGCUCUGAUUUCAGCUGCGUUAAUUGCACUCACAUAUCCUGCAUGGGAUGUCAUAGACCACUUGAUGUUAACUAGUCCAUUCUGCCCUAUACUUUCUAUAAUUGUGCCCCUUCUCCUAUGUUACAACUAUCCCAAACUAGAGGAUUACAGCCCUACCCGAGCAGACACAACUACUGUCCUUGGAGCAGGAGCUGGAGCAACCAUAGGAUUCUGGUUAAAUAACCUAUAUGCAGCACCAAACUAUCCCAACAAAAGUCUUCUCCUCAGCUUUCCUCCAAUCAGUGAGAUGAUGGUGGUGGUGCUGGCAAAGUUCUUAGUAGGUAUUUUUAUUCUUUUGGUUACACGUUAUUUCAUCAAAGGCAUGGCCCUCCGGGUGUUGUGUUCUAGGUACCAGGUUUCUGUCAACGAUCUAGAAGCCAGACGACGACUGGAAAUAGAAGUGCCCUACAAAUUUAUAACAUAUUCUUCUGUUGGCUUCAGUGCUACAGUGCUUGUACCAUUAUUGCAUGAGUUAUUAGGAUUAAUAUGAGUGCGGUGCAUUGUUAGAAAUAAUUUAUGGCAAAACCAUGUCAGAGAUGCAAAAAAAUUUACACAAAGGUAAAGAUUUGACCAAAAAGUGUGUUGUGCCUUUCUGCACUGGCGUAAAAUACCUACUUUUGAAUAUCCCAGGGAAUCACUGAAUGUAAAUAAUUUAAGAUUAGAAAUUACUGGCUAGUCUGUACCCACAGCUACAGAUCUGUGAUCCAGGUGGUUAGUAUGACGAGUACAAAAACAAGAACUCCUGUUUAUAUGGCUUUUGUUUAUUUUCCAAAAAGUUAGCACGUGCUACAGUGUCAGUGUUGUGUCACUCAGGGUUCAGCCUCAGUACUUCACUCCUCCGUUUUGGAAACAUCACUCAGGGGAUGCUCACAUGGCUGGAGAUAGGGUAGGUUCCCCUCAUGGCAUCUGCAAUCCCUGCUGGUCUCCCACACUUCAAGUAAGGGAUUCUAUUUUAUGCAUGCCAUGUAGGGUGUAGCAGAUGCAAGAGAGCAAUUCUGCUGCAGGGACAGAACCAGCUCCACAGUGGUCAGGAAUUGGGGUUAGUGUAAAUACUACUAUUAAGGGGGGGAUAAAAAAGCGUGCACGUGUGUUCAGCAGGGUUGAGGAGGCCUCAUGUGGGGAAGAAGCUGCCAAUCUAGUAUUAAAGCAGGGGUCCUCAAACUGAGGUCGGGACCCCUCCGGGGGUUGCAAGCUGUCAGCCUCCACCCCAAACCCUGCUUUGCCUCCAGCAUUUAUAAUGGUGUUAAAUAUAUAAACAAGUGUUUUAAUUUAUAAGGGGAGUUGCAUUCGGAGGCUUGCUAUUUGAAAGGGUUCACCAGUACAAAAGUUUGAGAACCACUGUAUUAAAGCUUCACUCUCCAGCCUAUCAAUGCUCAAUAUUGUGUUCUCCUGGGUAAUUGGGCAGCCAAAGGAAGAAGUUGCUGAGGGGGGCAAAUCCAGAGGGAAGGUAGCAGGAAAUUAGAAGUGAUCAGAAAGAAUUAAGCCUGGCUCAGUGGGUGGUUAGCCAAAACUAAAAUGGCUGGAAAUGAUGUAGGGCCUGAUGCUGCCAUGAAGCUGCACUUUAAAACUGGCAUGGAUUCAGUGGAAGUGUCCUGCUGACUAACAUGUCAGGCUCUCUGAAUAGAUGCCCUUGGGAACUAACAUGCACAGAAACCAUAAACCUAGAUAAGGUUUCAUGUGUGUGUUUCCCUUGUGACUGCUCUUAAUUGUUAAAUGUUGAAAUUUUAUGACACUUUUUGUCCUUGCUACUUGACGUAAUCUGUCUUCUCCGUACACAGACAGCUUUCCUUGUUAAGACUUGUUUUACCUAUUGGAAUUCUUCAGAGAACUACCGGUAACUUUUUUCUUUUGUGUUUCAUACCAAAAAUGUGACUGAAGUGUUACUGAAAAUUCUGCUUGGCUAUGCUUCAACUAGGGAAGUGAGCACACAACUGGGAGCCACAUGCUCCUGAAUCAAUAUCGCACCUGACAUGGAUUCCCCUCUUGGGCAAGUCACUUAUCCACCUUGCCUCAGCUCCCCCAUCUGUAAAAGUGCAACAAUAAUGUCUGCCUACCUCACAGGGAUGUUGUGAGGACUAAUUAGUGUUUGAAGUGUAUUGUGGAAAGUGCUGAGUAUUAAUAUUCAAGUGACCAUAAAAUAACUGAUACAAUGGCCAUACAUUUCUGAUGCUAAGCUCCACUAUUAUUUGUCUUCUAUGUAUCUGGCAUUAGUACACAAGAAUAGUCAUGUUCUUAACCAUUAAUAGUUAAGGGUGUCUGCUGCUGCUGUGACUUCCAGGCUACUAAAAAGUAUUACAGAUUGCACCAAUAAGCUGCUAGAAGUUCAGCUGUGAUUGUGGUUUAAAAAAUAAAUAAAUAAAUAAAUGGGUAAUGCUGCUAGACCUUGACUCCUCCUACGCUCCCCCCCCCGUCAUAUUAUGAAUGUACCAACCUACACAUUAUACUGUUGCAUUUAGAACUGAAAGCAUGGCCUGGGGGCCUUUUUCUUAGAUAAUUUAUAAGAAGUAGAGCCAUCACUCUUUCCUGUUGGCCACUGCUUUUUUUAAAUUUGUGAGCAGCAUUAAAUGUGGAAGAAGAAUGUAAAUGGAGCGAAUGGCCAGUGGUUGGCUAGUUUUAGAUUAAUGUAUUCAAACAGUAUGGCUUUGCCCUGAUCGCCACUGAAUAGACUUGGAAGCGAUUCUUGCUUUUAGAAAAAGUUAGCAACCACUCCAGGAGAAUAGGAGAUGCAAGCUGACAUUUUAAAUACAGCGCUUCUCUUUAGAUUCAUAAGGGCCGUGGUUUAACUGAAUUUAAAAUUGUGUACACACACACAGCCUACCCCAAAUUUAAUAGCAGUUUAGUAAAUACGAACACUUCAGUACCAAAAUGUAUAGAAGACUGUAGCUAAAUCAAGCUGCACUUCACCACUACACCACAAGAAGUACCUUAAAACACCUUCCAAUAAAGGAAUUUUAUGAUAUAGGGCUGCAUGAAGGCAAAAGAUCUGAAGCCCUGUGGAGGUGUUAUUUCAUGUCACAGUGGAAGGGACUAAAGCAGAAAAAAGGUACAAUAAGUGGAAGUUCCUUAACUCAUAACACUAAGUCAACUAGACUCAAAAAGUGGCUUAAGUUUAGCUGGGUCUUUCAUACGGUUUUAGUUAAAAUAUUGCUUUUCUGAACUGCGGCUAUUCUAUGCUAUCAAAUUAUAUAUAUAUAUAGGCUUGGAUUUAUAAAGUAUGUGGACAUUUUUAUUUUUUGUAGCAUUCAGUUUCCUGUGAUUUAUGCAACCCCUACAAACUGUUCUCUUCCAGAAGUCCUACCUGGUUUGCCUCAAACUUUAAAAUAAAUAUAUUUCCAAAAGCUGGUGGGUUUUAUUUACUUUGUAACUUGCUACACAUCUUUAUUAAUCUUUGAAAUUGGUUGAUAUAGCAGGGAAAUGGCUUGCCGUUUGAAACGUGACCAUGACCUGUGCAAUCCAUUGCCACCUCCAUCUGCAGUAAACCUAUAAUCUCCCACAGUAGACCUGUUAUGGUCACUAAUGUAGAUGUUCUGUAGUUACAACUAUCCCAGCAAGAUGUUAAUAAAGAUUGGAAGAAGAAUUAAAAAAGCCUACCAAACCGCAUAAAUAUGCUAGCCACAGAAAAUUAAAUGUUUUUUUAAUUCGGUGUGCAAACCUUUAAUUAUGGGAGCAGUGAUUAAUAGUGGCCCUAAAUGUCAGAGAGUAGAAAAUCCCUCUGCAUAACCAGUCUAGAUUUGGAAAAAAGGUAUGGUUAUUUUUAUUAAACAGCACUAGCUAACAAUUUUAAAUGCCACUUAGAACCAAGCAUAAUUGAGGUUUAACACUUCUACAAUUGUGGUAUCAAGUCACAAUCAACCCUGCAUGAGCCCUCGUGUAAAACAGCAUGAGGUUAGUGCCAAUUUAUAGCCAAGAACGUGGUGGCAAUAAACAAAAACAUGUCUCAGGAUCAACAACUGUGUUACCUAAAAAGUCCAUAAUAGGGUUCCAAAUAGCCUCAAGUAAAUCCCCUCUCUUCCUCAAACUACAUGUGCUCUUUUCCUGCACAGCUGUUGGGCACAAUCAAGUGAAAAUAUUCAGCCUCUGUUGUGUGGUACUGAUUUUCCAGUGUCUCAGUAAGACAUUGCAGCCAUUAGUCCAAGUACUAAAUCUUUUUUUUUUUUUUUUUUUUUAAAAAAGGAUUGGAUCAAAAUAGUAGAAAAACUUCUCUUUUCUGUAUUUAAAAAUAAUUUUGGAAAGGAUCCUGCACACUCCCUGCCCUCCCUCUCUACUGCUCAAUUUAACACACAUGCUCAUUAUUAUGACUUCACAUGGUCCUCUGCAGUGUAUGUGACCAACUGUGAAGUGAGGCCUUCUUUAGAAACUCUCCUAGUAUGCAGCUAUUUCUCUGUGAUUGGAUAUCAGGCAUUAGAGGUGGGAGAUGAUUCCUAACACAGGCAGACCUAAGACAUACCUGAGUUUAAUACCUUGUGUCACUGAUUCAGAUCCACAGUUAGUUGGCUGUGAUGGACAAAAAUUGUCUAAUAACUGUUCGGUGACUUACAUAGAAGGUCCAGUUCUUGCUCAACAAAUGCCCACACUGCAAACGCUACUUCUGCAGAUGGUGCUACAUGGCUUUGUUGCUUGCUGGUAAUCUGGCCAAAGAUAGCGUGGCUGCGCUUCAACCAGAGUAACUAGUCAAAUUUUGGAUAUUCCAGUUGGAAGCAGAAAUUGAUGGAGUCUGGUAUUCCCCUCGAUACAAUCUUAUUUACAAGGAAUAUACAAAGUCCACCUUCUCCAAAUACAGGAGGAACCAAGAACAAAAGGAACAGGUUCUUAGCUUACAGCUCCAAGCCUCUUUAAACAACAGACCCAAAAGCUCUCGCUCUAGAUUUUCCCAGGGUCACACUGUGCUCAUAGGCUACUGGUGGCUUUCUUGCUUUUUGCCUGUGCUUCUCUCUCUCUCUCUCUCACUCCCCACCU